CAGGUUGCCCUCAUCUUGACUUGAGGAAUACAGAAAGAAUCCGUGUUUUCUGUACAUAUAGACAAUUUGGUCAUUGCUCGUUGAAGCUUAGAGUCCCCUCCAGGAACAGCGACUACUGCUACUCUUUUGGGCUUCGUUGUAUGUGCCUGCGCAGCACAUAGAUACAGUCAUGGGAUCGGUUGUGCAGAUUCAGCCACCAACUUAUGGUAAUCUGGUUACGAUUCUCAGCAUAGAUGGUGGUGGUAUCAGAGGCAUCAUCCCUGGAACGAUCCUUGCAUUUCUUGAGAAACAGCUGCAGGAACUGGAUGGACCAAACGUGAGGCUAGCAGACUACUUCGAUGUCAUUGCAGGAACAAGCACAGGAGGCCUGGUGACUGCCAUGUUAACCGCCCCAGAUGAAAAUAGACGUCCACUCUUUGCUGCCAAAGAUAUCGUUCCCUUCUACCUCGAAAACUGUCCUAAAAUCUUCCCCCAGUACACAGGUAAAUUUGCUUCACUGAUGAAGAUGUACAGGGCAAUGAGAGGGCCUAAGUACAGUGGCCAUAACUUGCACAAAAUUGUGAAAGAGAAACUAGGGAAAAGAAAGCUGCUGGAGACACUCACCAACGUGGUCAUUCCGACUUUUGACAUCAGAUUGCUACAGCCCGUUGUGUUCUCCACGUAUGAGGCAAAGACCAAUGUCUCAAAGGAUGCCUCCCUUUCUGAUAUAUGCAUCAGCACCUCUGCUGCACCAACGUACCUGCCUGCUCAUUACUUCGAAACAAAGGACUCCCAAGGCACAACAAGGCAUUACAACCUAUCAGAUGGUGGUGUGGCAGCAAACAAUCCUUGUUUGUUAGCUAUUGGGGACAUCACCAAAGAGAUCUUCAGUGGCAACCCGGACUUCUUCCCAAUCAAGCCCAUGGAUUAUGGAAGAUUUCUGGUCAUCUCUCUGGGUACAGGCUCGUCCAAGGUUGAAAGGAAGUAUAGCGCGAAGAAGGCAGCAAAAUGGAGCGUCAUAAAUUGGCUAUACGACAAUGGCCGCACUCCACUGGUUGAUGUUUUUUCUCAGGCCAGCGCGGACAUGGUGGACCUCCAUAUUUCUGUAGUUUUUCAAGCUCUCCGAUCUGAACAAAACUACCUCAGAAUUCAGGACGACUGUUUAACUGGGACGUUGGCUUCGGUGGACGUAGCAACUGAAGAAAAUCUGGCCAACCUUGUGAAGGUAGGAGAACAACUGUUGAAGAAACCAGUCUCCAGGGUGAACCUUGAAACAGGUCUCUUUGAACCAGUGGAUGAAGGCACCAAUGAAGAAGCUCUCAUUAAAUUCGCGAAAGUGUUAUCUGAUGAAAGGGCUGUUCGUCUUCAAAGAUCACCAAGCACUCACUCCAUGUUCGUCAAGUACAAACACGGAUGAAAACUAGGAUGCUAACUUGCAUGCACUCUUACAGUCCUCAUGGAGAAAAAUAUUUCCUAUUUAAUCUCCUUGUUCUCUUUGUUCUAUGGACACUUUCUUUGGUUUGCAUUUAGAUAAAGAUGGGUUCUGCCAGUUACAACAGCAGACGAUGGUGCCCCUGCAGUGGUUGUACUUUCAGUGGAGUUCUUCUAUAGCAAGUGUAUAAAUUGCUAAUAAAGUGACUUUGGCUUUUAAAUAAGAUAUGCAAGGGAAGUGCAAUUGUUUUGGCUCA